AUGGCAGCCCGUAAUCCUGGACCCUUCUUGCAGCAGACUCCCGUGGGCUUCCCGUCCUACACGCAUCACAUCAGACGGGAUUGGCUGGCGAGGAAGGCCUUCGAAAAGAGCGAGGUGAAUACCCGUGUGUACAAGGCGAUCUACGAGAACAUGGGUGUCAGAGGUAGUAUUCCAAUCAACAAGUAUGUUGGGCGCAAUCGGAUCCGUCUCCGGGGCAUCACGGAGGGAUUUGCCCGUGGCAACAAGAGGUGGACCCACAUGAACAAGCAUGGUUUCGGCCUCGCCUACAGAGAAGGAUGGUUUCUGAAGUACGGCUUUGACCCCGAGCGCUAUCACUGA